CCCCAUCUGGGAGGGACUUAAAGGGCCGGCGGGUCGGCGAGAUGCCCCUGCGCUGACAGCCCGGGCCCGCGCUUGCCCGUGCUAAUGCGCCGGACCCAGCGCCAACAUGUAAGCAGCGCGGGCAGGAGGACGCUGGCUUCUCGCCCGGGAUCCCUGCGCCCUACCCCAGGGGCCCCUCAAUGAGGUAGGACACAACAUGCUGACUGGGGUGACGGAUGGCUUCCUCUGCUGCCUGCUGGGGACACCCCACAAUGCUGUGCGGCCGCUGGAGAGUGUGGAGUCCAGUGAUGGCUACACCUUUGUGGAGGUGAAGCCUGGCCGGGUGCUGCGAGUGAAGCACGCAGGACCUGCGACAGUCCCCAUGCCCCUCCCCCCCCCACCUCCUCUGGACUCAGAGCAAGGGGAUAGGGCGGGCCUGGUGCGCUGCCAGCGCCGGAUCACCUUGUACCGCAAUGGCAGGCUGGUGGUGGAGAACCUGGGCCGGGCACCCCGCGCUGACCUUCUGCAAGGACAGAACGGCUCAGGGGAGCCACCCGCCGCCCUGGAGGUGGAGCUGGCUGAGCCUGCAGGAGGUGACGGGCGUUCCACCCCUGGCAGCGGGCGGCGUCGGCGACCUCGACGACCCAAGAGGACCAUCCACAUUGACUGUGAGAAGCGCAUCACCAGUUGCAAGGGGGCACAGGCCGACGUGGUCCUUUUCUUCAUCCAUGGUGUAGGUGGCUCACUGGCUAUCUGGAAGGAGCAGCUGGACUUCUUUGUGCGCCUGGGCUAUGAGGUAGUGGCACCUGACCUGGCAGGCCAUGGGGCUAGCUCGGCGCCUCAGGUGGCUGCUGCCUAUACUUUCUAUGCGUUGGCGGAGGACAUGCGAGCCAUCUUCAAGCGCUAUGCAAAGAAGCGAAAUGUGCUCAUUGGGCAUUCAUAUGGUGUCUCCUUCUGUACCUUCCUGGCACAUGAGUACCCAGAUCUUGUGCACAAGGUGAUCAUGAUCAAUGGCGGGGGCCCCACGGCACUGGAGCCCAGCCUCUGCUCGGUCUUCAAUAUGCCCACCUGUGUACUGCACUGCCUAUCACCCUGCCUGGCCUGGAGCUUCCUCAAAGCUGGCUUUGCCCGCCAAGGGGCCAAAGAGAAGCAGCUGCUGAAAGAGGGUAAUGCAUUCAAUGUGUCAUCCUUCGUACUGCGGGCCAUGAUGAGUGGCCAGUACUGGCCUGAGGGUGAUGAAGUCUACCAUGCAGAGCUCACUGUACCAGUCCUGCUUGUCCAUGGUAUGCAUGACAAGUUUGUGCCUGUGGAGGAAGACCAGCGAAUGGCUGAGAUCCUACUCCUUGCCUUCCUGAAGCUCAUUGAAGAAGGAAGCCACAUGGUCAUGCUGGAGUGCCCUGAGGUCGUCAACACCCUGCUGCAUGAGUUUCUACUGUGGGAGCCUGAACCAGAGCCCAGGUUAGAGCCAGAGACCAAGGCUGAAGUGCCACUUGAGCCACAGCCUGCUCCUGCAGACCAGUAAUCACCGGCUGGCCAAGAUCCAGUGAUUGGAGCAUGCCCCCUCCUCUAGCAGGGUGACUUUGUAUAGAGCCCCCUACCCUGCAAUCUCCGCUUGACUUCCCAAAUACCACAGCCCAAGUGGGCCAUCAGCCCUGUUCCAUCCAGAACCAGGAACUCCAUGGGAACCCUGGGCCAGAGGGCUCAUCCUGGGGUCUGACACUCUACCAGCCUCCAUUCUGCACUCCAAGAGCUGUGGCUACCUGGGGGGGGGGGGUGGCAGAGGGGCCAGAGCCAUGGAACCCACACACUGCAAUUUGUAACUGAAUAAACAGAAGUGACAAUCUAA